AUGGUUACAGCGCUUAUGAAGGAAGUCCAGUCUCUUAAGCAGAUCCGCGGUCCUGAUCCCAAUUACAAUGACAUUUGCUUUUCUGGUGCGGGAAGUGACAUUUUUCAACUCACAAAGACAUUUCCAGUGGUGGACAUGGUUUUUGGGAAUGGGCAAAAGCUGUCACUAUCACCUGAAAAUUACUUAUUCGGGCAUUCAAAGGUGCGCGGCGCAUAUUGCCUGGGCAUUUUUCAGAACGGAAAGGACCCAACAACUCUUUUAGGAGGUAUCCUUGUGCGUAAUACCCCUGUGAUGUAUGAUCGUGAGCACUCAAAGAUUGGUUUUUGGAAAACAAAUUGUUCUGAGCUGUGGGAAAGACUUCAACAGUCUAAUGCUCCUCCACCAUUGCCUUCAGCUCCAGACGGAAAGGGCCCACCUGAGGAUAUGCCACCCAACCUAGCUCCUAGGGCACCAGCAGAUUUCAAUAUUCCAGGUUUUGUAUGA